UGACUUCUUCCGCUUUGGAGCACGCGUCGCUGGUUUACUUCCUCCAUCGACUCCUUUUUGGCAGCGUUGAUCACUGGGUCUCACAUUAUCCACCAAUUAGCUGAUAAUGGGUGAAAUAUUUGUUGAUUCUUAGAUGGCUUCCCGCCGCGUUCGAGCUCCCUCGUAAUCCUUUUUGAUUCCCUCUCGUCUCAAUUCACAACCACCAUCAUGGACGAAAAGCCGAAUCAUUCUGUUUCUGACAAGGAAUCCGAUGGCUUCGUGCUACCCAACGAAACUCCCCUCUAUAACGCUCACGUCGAUGUCAGUGGGAUCGACGAAAAGAAGCUGAUUCGCAAGGUCGACAUUACGCUUAUUCCUUGGUUGUCGCUCUUGUAUCUUCUCAGCUUCUUGGAUCGAGCGAGUAUUGGAAAUGCAAAGCUCUAUAACCUUGAAGGCGACCUUGGAAUAACGGACAAGCAGUAUCUGAUAUCUUUGACCGUAUUCUUCUUCAGUUAUGCCGCGUUUGAGGUACCUUCGAAUGUGUUCCUUAAGAGGCUUCGACCGUCUAUUUGGCUAUCUAUUUUGAUAUUAUUUUGGGGCGUAACGAUGGUCGUUCAAGGACUUGUUCAUGAUUAUGCUAGCCUUGUUACUGUGAGAUGGUUCUUAGGAAUGUUCGAAGCAGGUCUAUUUCCCGGUGUGAGCUACCUCUUAUCGUGUUGGUACAAGCGUUCCGAAUUUGGCAUCCGCAUGGCUGUGUUUUUCUCAGCGACCACGGCCUCUGGUGCGUUCGGGGGUCUACUAGCGGCGGCUAUCUCCAAAAUGGAUGAUAUCGGUGGAAAACCGGGCUGGGCGUGGAUUUUUAUCCUCGAAGGACUCGCCACUGUUGUUGCUGGAGUUGCAUCUUUCUGGCUUGUACAGGAUUUCCCAGACACGGCCAAAUUCCUCUCAGAAGCGGAGAGGACUGUGAUCAUUCGACGAUUGCAAGGAGACGAUCAGUUCAGCGCCGCUGGAGAGGAAUUCAGAUGGAAGUAUAUUCGCCAGAGUUUGUUGGACUGGAAGACGUACGUUGGAAUGAUUAUCCACUGUGGUUGUGUUAUGCCGCAAUACACGUUUUCACUUUUCUUGCCCUCGAUUAUCAACCAGCUUGGUUUCCGGGCAACACCCGCGAAUUUGUUGACGGUCCCCGUUUAUGUCUGUGCAUGCGUAAUCAUGUGCUUGAUUGGCUUUUUGGCGGAUCGAUAUGGUCGAAGAGGCCUUUUCAACAUUGGAUUCAUGUGCCUUAGCGUGUCUGGUUACAUUAUCUUAAUCUUGUCUAAGAGUGCGGCUCUCUCCUACUUCGCAGUUUACCUGGCAGCAUGUGGUAUAUAUCCGGUCCUACCCAAUAACGUUGUUUGGAUGUCAAACAACGUGGAGGGGUCCUAUAAGCGUAGUGUUACCCUCGGGAUGAUUUUCAGUUUCGCUAAUAUCAAUGGAGCCGUCAGUUCCAACAUCUACCGCCAAACAGAUCAGCCGCGGUACGUUUUGGGACACGGGUUAGUCCUGAUGUACCUCGGCUUUGGACUCGUUUCUACGACAGUCUACUUCAUUCUUACAAAAAGAGAAAACGCAAAGAGAGAAAGAGGUGAGCGUGACGAGGUGAUCAAGGGUCAGUCCGGUGGGAACGAGAAGAAUGGAACGUUUGAGAGCGUUGUCGAGGCGAAGAGAGAGAAAGGAGACGAUUGGAGUGGCUAUCGGUACGUGCUGUGAGUGGGCC